AUGAUUUGGCUGCAGAAAGCACCUCCUGGUGCUAUUGCUCCUCCUCCCUUACCAUCUAAGGGUAUUUUUCAACUGGAUGCUGAUAGUGAUAUUUGGCAGGAUGUUGGAAUUGAGGAGGGUUACCCUGAUCCCCCUGGUUGGCUUGCUGAUCAGGGUGUGUGCAAGGGAAUAAGACUUAUGUUGGAGGUUGAUCAUUGCAAUGAAGAAGAAAGAAGGUUGUCAAGAGAGUGGACCAUUUUACAGGAGUGGUUUUCUGUGGAGUGGCAAAGUGCAGAGGCUGCUCAGAAGAAUGCUGCUGAGCAACAACCAGAAGACUAUGACUAUGAGUGGGAGGAUUUGACAUCAGAAGGUGAUGAACUAUUGGAGGCCAUUGGAGAGAUGGCACUAUCAGAAGAGUAUGAUAUUGGACAAACAGAUGAAGAGAAUUUACAGAAGAUGAAGGGUGGUUGGAGGGUCUUGAAAAUGGCUACUUGCAAUCCUCACCAAUUCAAUUACCAUCAAAAAGACAUAGAUACCAGAGUUUGGAGAUGUACAUUGAAUGUCUGUAAUAUGUGA